UUUUAACAGUCCCCUAUGAAUCCUGCAAUGGAGGAAAAAAAAAAUCAGUGGGAGGGAUAUAGUCAGGCUGGGUACGGCAGGCAGCUGUAUAGGUGUUAACAGGAGCUGCAGAUCGCUUGGAGUAUCAGCAGCAGUGGGACGGCAGCAGCAGCAGCCUCAGUGGGAUUCAAUUGUGACAUCAACAUGAGUAACGCUCAGGUCCCAUCCUGAACAGCAGCAGCAGCAGGAAUGGUGUGUGACAGUUGGCUCCUACAUGUAACACAUCUACUGGAGGAAAAGAGGGGAUAGAAGCGAUAGAAGAUAGUCAACUUUUCCCCUUGGUUUUGUGCUUCUGAUUUCUCCGACUUCUGGUUACCUGCCACUAUGAUCCCCACAUUACAGUUCAGCCUCCUCCUGUUGCUCUGCACUACUACAUUGUCGGAGUCGCAGGCAGCUCAGGACUGUCUCAGCAAGCAGCAGUUCCUGAAUGCCAUACGCCAGAUGCAGCAGUUCUUAAAGGGCCAAGAGACUCGUUUUGCAGAAGGAAUUCGCAUCAUGAAAAGCAGACUGACUAACUUACAGAACACAGUAAACAAAGCAAACCCAGACCUUCCACCAGUGGUCUGCACAGCACUGGAAGCUCCUCAAAAUGGCAAAAAGUUUGGUUCCAAGUACCUAGCAGACCAUGAAGUCCAUUACACCUGUGACACUGGUUACCAGAUUAUUGGUCCCAGCAGCAGACUGUGUCAGCAAAAUGGAAGCUGGACCGGAGAAGCUCCUCACUGCAAAGAUACCAAUGUAUGCAGCAGUAACCCAUGUCUAAAUGGAGGAACCUGUGAGGAGGGAGCCAAUCAAUACAUAUGUAAUUGUCCACAAGAGUGGUCUGGAUCCAAUUGCCAGCACCAAACACAGACAGCACUUCCAGAAUGGACUGUUUCCAGUGAUUUAGCCUUUAACCGUAAGCCCAGAUGUGCCAGAAUUGAUCGUACCCAGCACUGUAGCUGUGAUGCUGGAUUCCAAAUGAGCGGUACACCCGACAAUGGCAUUUGUCAAGAUGUUAAUGAGUGUGAAGUUUUUAGGGUGGAGGGUGCACGUCGCAUAUGUAUGCAUACCUGCAUCAACACUCCUGGAUCUUUUCGUUGUGUUUGCCCUACUGGAUUUAAAACACUUGGAGAUGGAAAAAGUUGUGAAGAUAUAGAUGAAUGCAGUUCGGGACAGCACAACUGCUCAAGGGCUUCAAUGUGCAUCAAUACUGGAGGGGGCUUUCAGUGCGUCUCACCAGAAUGCCCAAAAUCCAAUGGAAACAUCACCUAUGUGAAAACAUCCCCUAUCCAAUGUGAACGUAAUCCAUGUCCAAUGGACAGCAGGUCAUGUCACCAUGCUCCAAAGACCAUCUCCUUCCACUAUCUUUCUCUGCCUUCAAAUAUUCAAACUCCAGUUACCCUAUUUCGGAUGGCUACCGCAUCUGCUCCUGGACGACCAGGUCCCGACAGCUUACGAUUUGGCAUUGUUGGUGGCAACAGCAGAGGGAAUUUUGUCAUGCAAAGAUCAGACAGACAAACUGGAGAACUGAUUCUUGUUCAGAGCCUAAAAGGUCCGCAGGUAAUUGAAGUGGAUGUAGAUAUGUCAGAAUACUUGGACCGUAUGUUCCAGGCCAAGCACGUGUCAAAGAUCACAGUUUUUGUUUCACCCUAUGACUUUUAAAGCAAAAGGAACUUAAAGAAGACUCUCUUCUUCUUACCACCAAAGACUUCAGAAGGAAAAGAAUAAGGAUUGCCUUGUAUGGGCGAAUUCACAAGAAAGGAAAUGAAAUAAUGGAAAUAUAAAGUAUUAAGUGAAACACUGAAAACUGCAGAGAAAUGCAUGAUUAGUCAGUGCAAUCUAUGGUUAAAAGCCUCACUAGGAAACUGUUUACCACAGUUAUUUUGUAGUAGAUAAAAAUAGGUUGCAGCAUAUGCUUUCAACUAGUAACCAGAACAUUAAUAACAAGUUAUAGUAUUUUUAUCCACAUCUUUGGAGCACCUUGCACUAUUGGUAUUAUCCGUUUGAGCUUUAAAACCUCCUAAUGCAAUGAUAUUUUUGUCAUCAUAUUACACUACCGAUGUUAUGCUUAGAUUAUAAAGUGUAUAUAUAUAUAUAUAUAUAUAUAUAUAUAUAUAUAUAUAUACAGUGAGAAUACCAAGUCUGUAAAAACAGAAAUACAUCAGGACAACUUGCCUGUCUGUAUUGAACACAUACUAAUGUUUAGGUAUUUCCUGCCUAUUCCCCAAAUAGGUCUUGCUUAGCUUAAAAGUAAUCUUGAGAAUGUUGCCAUAAUGCUUAAGAUCCUAAAGUCGGAAGUUCGGGCCAAAAGUAAUACAUAUGGAGGCACAUUUACUAAGGGUCGAAUAUCGAGGGAUAAUUAACCCUUGAAUUCGACCCUCGAAGUAAAAUCAUUCGACUUUG